UUGAGCAUCCAGUAGUCAGUCACUAAAAUGAAAUUUCAUAUCCAACUGUCGACUGAGUUGUAUCGUCACAUUUCUCCCGUACUCCAAACUGUUCAGACCGAAUAAAAACAACAUUUCGAUUUUGGAUCGCAGCGAACAAAUUGCAAUUGAGGAAACUGUGACUGUGCAAGAUGCCAAGCGACUACUGGAGUGUGUUUUGCAAUGGCUGCAGCAGCAGCAUUCUGCCCAAGUACCGCUUCAAGUGUCUGCGCUGCGAGGACUACGACUUGUGCGAGGAGUGCCACACCAACAAGGUGGUGACCGGCAUGGAACAUCAAGUGAGCCAUCCCUUCCAGUGCUUGCUGGACAUCCAGACCAAGGAGCUGCUGUUUGCCGGCGAGCCCAUACCGACGCUCGAUGCGGACAGCUUCACCUGUCCCGUAUGCGGCGAACACGGCCACUCGGCCGACGAACUGGUCGAGCAUGCAGUGACCAACCACAAGGCCGACAGCACAAAGGUCAUCUGUCCGCUGUGCGUGGCCGUGCAUGGGGCCGAUCCACUGCUGCUGGCCAACAUCGAUGCACACUUGAUCCACUUUCAUGGGCCGACCGAUCGUACGGUGCGCUUUGCCCUGCCGGGGGGCAACAACGAGGGCUAACUUCAACACAAAUUAACUAAUCGUUACCAGCACCAAGAACAACAGCAAACACUGACAUCAAACAUAUACAUACGCACGUACAUAUACACAUUAUUAAGUUCAAGGACAUAAACUGAACUGUCUGACACACAUAUCUACGCACAAUUAUGUACUACAAAUUGUAUGUGAUCGUUACGUAUGCCUCUUAAUCGUUCAACUACACACACACAUGCACACAUCCAUGCAUACAUACAUCCAUACAUCCAUAUGUACCAAAUAGCAGCAGUGAGAUAUUUUAUUGUGCUCUAAAUAUACUCAUUAAUAUGCUUCAUA